AUGGGGCAAGAUGUCCAUGGAGCCUUGGAGAAUCCCAUGGUGGAUACAAGCAUGUUGGAAGAAUUCAUUAGUAGUGACAUAGAGUUUGGAACUUUGCAAAGCCAGUUGCCAGACUCCCCACCAGACUCUGGAUCUGAACCAUGCUCCCCACCACAACUACAGACCCCAUGGUAUGAUGCUACGUGGCCCAGUGGGCUGCAGCCUCCACUGCCAUGCCCAUCUGCUGCAGCACCCAGCAAGCUUCCCUGCAGGUUAAUGGAGACUUACUGUGACUCCAGUGCCAGUGGGCAUCCUUGUGCCAUCCCCCAAGGCUGCUGCCUGAAGACACAAAAUGCUGUGACUCCUUGGAAUCAUUCAACAUCCUCCAGCUGUUUGGGUUUUAAUUAUUCGUAUUUUCAGACAAAUGGAUCUCAGAUUUCUGGUAUUUCUGCAGCAUCAGGCAGAAAAAGGAAGCUCUCCCAAUUACUUGGAGAUGUCAAUGAUUCUCCAGUGCAGUUUCAGGAUUCCAGACAAGGAACUGUUAAGGACUGUGCUGCUGAAGUGCAAGAAUAUGACAGUGAUGGACAGAAUGUGGCUUUGGAAAAAUGCAGUCAAGCUCUAACAUGGCAACCAUAUCAAACUUCUCAGUGGAACAGCUUAUUGAACUCUAAUUCUGAAAAACUACCUGCUGUAGGAUAUCACAUUGUCACAGAUAAAGGAUUUAAUUUUUCAACAGCAGAUGAUGCCUUUGUGUGCCAGAAGAAGAAUCAUUUCCAAAUCACAGUUCAUAUUAGAAUCACUGGACAUCCAAAAUAUGUCAAAACUCAGCUGGGGGUGAAACCAAUAGAAAGGUUUUACUUGAAAGUUUAUGGAAUUAAGGUGGAAGCUCCAAAUCAAACAAUUGCUAUUGAACAGUCUCAGUCAGAUCGAAGCAAAAAAACUUUCCAUCCUGUUAAAGUUGAUCUGCCAGGGGACCAGAUAACUAAAGUAACACUGGGAAGGCUGCACUUCAGUGAAACAACAGCAAAUAAUAUGAGAAAAAAGGGGAAACCUAAUCCUGAUCAGAGAUACUUUAUGCUGGUAGUUGGACUGUAUGCUGUCUCUCAGGACCAGUUCUACCUACUAUCUGCAAGUGUCUCUGAAAAGAUCAUCGUGAGGGCAUCUAACCCAGGGCAGUUUGAGAAUGACAGUGAUGUACUGUGGCAGCGAGGACACGUUCCAGAGACGAUAGUCUAUCAUGGUCGAGUAGGAAUUAACACAGAUGCACCAGACGAAGCACUGGUUGUCUGCGGAAAUGCAAAAGUUAUGGGCAGAGUCAUGCAUCCCUCUGACAGCCGAGCAAAGCAGAAUAUCCGCGAGGUCGAUACGAAUGAGCAGUUGAGAAGAAUAACACAAAUGAGGCUGGUGGAAUAUGACUACAAGCCUGAAUUUGCAUCUGUUAUGGGAAUAAAAGAUACCCACGAAACAGGAAUAAUAGCCCAGGAAGUGAAGGAGCUUUUACCUGAAGCUGUUAGAGAAGUUGGAGGUGUUGCUUGUAAUGAUGGAGAAAAAAUAGAAAACUUCCUUAUGGUUGACAAGGAUCAGAUCUUUAUGGAGAAUGUUGGUGCUGUAAAGCAGCUUUGUAAACUAACGAACAAUCUUGAAGUCAGAAUAGAAGAAUUGGAACAGUGGAACAGGAAACUGGCCAGGCUGAAGCGGAUGAGCAGUUUAAAGUCAACAGUCAGUGAAGAAAGUAAAGUCAGGUAUAGUCGAACUACUAGUCUUCUGCCAUCCAUAAAAUCAGUCCCACUAAAAUCCAGCAAGGUUUGUUUGUCAAAAACCAAAGAAUCUUGCUCUGUGAAGAUUUUCCGUGUGACUAUAGUAGCUUUGAUUGCUAUUAUGGCACUAUG